GCCCGGGCCGCGCCUCCUCGCGCUCGUUCGCGGCGCCGCGGGCGCUGCCCGGGGGCGGGGACUCGCGCCACUGAGCCCCGAGCCGCCGAGCCGAGUGGAGUUCGGUGUCGGCGGCGGAGGUGGCGGAGCGGCACCGGCGGCUCGGAACGAGGGCUGGGCAGCGCCGAGCAGCCGCAGGAGCCGUGGCUGGAGAAGAGUAAUGAGAGGCACCCUGUGCUGUCAAGAGAAGCUUCCCAAUGUGCUCAGCCUGGCCUUUGAGAUGAUGGGACUGGGAAACGGCCGACGCAGCAUGAAGUCUCCACCCCUCUUGCUGGCCGCGCUGGUGGCCUGUAUCAUCGUUUUGGGCUUCAACUACUGGAUCGCCAGCUCCCGGAGCGCCGAUCUUCAGACCAGGAUCAUGGAACUGGAAGGUAGGGUCCGCAGGGCAGCUGCAGAGAGGGGUGCCGUGGAGCUGAAAAAGAAUGAGUUCCAAGGAGAACUGGAGAAGCAGCGGGAGCAGCUUGACAAAAUCCAGUCCAGCCACAACUUUCAGAUGGAGAGUGUCAACAGGUUAUACCAGGAUGAAAAGGCAGCUUUAGUGAAUAACAUCACUGCUGGAGAGAAGCUCAUCAGAACCCUGCAAGACCAGCUAAAGGUCCUGCAGAAGAACUAUGGCAAACUACAGCAGGAUGUCCUCCAGUUCCAGAAGAACCAGACCAACCUGGAGAGGAAGUUCUCCUAUGACCUGAGCCAGUGCAUCAAUCAGAUGAAAGAGGUAAAGGAGCAAUGUGAAGAGAGAAUAGAAGAAGUCACCAGAAAGGGGUUAGCUGCAGCUUCCAGAGACCUGGUGCAACAAAAAGACCAGAACCAGAAGCUCCGAGCCUCCAGUGACCCCCAGCCUGGGCAGCAGGAAGCAGGCCUGUCUCCAAAGGAGCCCCAAGGGAAAGAGAAGGUACCAGGCCAGGGGGAGCCCCACACACCAGCCCCCAGCUCUGAAGUGGCUGUGGAUUUGAAGAGACAAGGUGAGAAAGCUAACUCUGUUCCAGGCACAGAGGAAGCCAACAUGAUUCAGGAGGAGGAGUUCCAGAGGGACAGCCUCCCGCUGUUGCAGGAGGCAGGUCCCAGGCAGGCUCUGGAUGGAGACAGACAUGCGGACAGAAGGAAUGUUGGACAAGCUGGCGACUUUGGCCGGACCUCACAGGUACCAGCUGUCGUUUUGGCAAGCCAGGAGAAUCAGGACAUGGAGGCCCCCGAGCGGGACCAGCUGGUCAUCCAGGAUGGGCAGGAGGAGCUGCACACAGUGGAGGAAGAGAGAAACCUACAAAGAGCGGGAGGUGGAGAUGACUACAACUUGGAAGAAAACGAGGCAGAAUCUGAAACAGACAAGCAGGCAGCCCUCACAGGGGACGACAGAAACAUAAACGUCCUUAACACUGAAAAUCAGAAAAGAAACAUGAUACAUUUACUUGAUCAGCAUGGAAAGAGGAAUCACACACAAUGAAUCAAACUGGAACCCCACAUUUUAUGUCAGGAUUGAACUGACCAAAACACUCACGAGGGACUGAAUACUGUGAAAUGAACUUAAUAUAAAGAUGAUUCUUGUGGAGUUUUAGUAUGUGCUUUAUGUAGGAAAAUGAGAUGCUGCGUAGACUUUUUAGGGGGGUACUUUUGAAGUGUCUACACCAAGAUGUCAAUGUUUGUUCAAUUCUUUGGCUAAUAGGUAUUUCAUGGGAAGAUCAAGACCAAAAAUAUUAGAACACAAGUUCUUUAAGUAUAAUGACAAAGAUGCUUCUUAUUCAGGAGUCUAACUUUGUUGAAAAAUAAAUAAAUAAAAACCUGCAGGUUCUGAAGCAAAGAUCUGCCUCACUUAGAGAUCUUGGAUUAAUGCCUUCUUGGCUCCCUCUGGAGAAAAUUCUCUCAUCAAGCCUUGCUGAGUGAUGGAUUGAAUACCAGCUUGUUAUUUCUACUUUUUCCAGGUCAGCACUGAACUGACUAUUGGUUGAUGUUCUCCUGUGAACCACUAUAGGUUCACCCAGAGCACUGACUGUGUUAAUACAGACACCACUAGCAACAGUUAAACAAGUCUUAAUGCAGAAGGAUUUUGUGCAGGAGUUACAAAUGACACCUGACUUGUAUAAAAUGCUUGUCAUUAACGUAGAACAGUUUAAAGUUACUUGUCAUUUGAAUACAUAUCUAUAUUCACUUAAUAUGUGGUAUAGCAAAGCAAAAUCUUUGGUAAUACAUUUUUAUUACCAAGAAAAGCCAAGUAAAUUUUAUUACCAAGUAAAUCAGACUUUCGAUGCAACUGGGGCCAAAGCAGAGCUGAUGUGGGCACCUGAAGCAGAGUCGACAGAGCACUGGGGCCGGUGUUGGGUGGACAAACUGCCUACUUAACAUCUAGAAGCUAGACAUUGGAGAUACAGUGUUAUAAACUGGGAAUACUUAGAAAAGCAGUAACUGUUUACAUUCAGCUGGUGAUAAAUGACUGUUAGAAAACUGAUUUGAAAAUUAAAUGUUAACCUGUAAAUGACUGGAUCAUAAUUCACCUUGAUGCCUGACAUCAGGUCUGAUACAAGCUGGUUCUUAGUGUCUAAAUAGACGCUGGUCAGUCUUGCAAAUGACAGUGACUGGAAUAUUGUGAUCCGAAGUCACAUUAUUUUCUAUGAGGCUGUGCUUACUAGAAUACAUUUGGGGCCACAGGACUGGAGAUGCAGGGAAUGAGGCCAUUUGGUAUAGCCCUGGUUUUAGAGAGCCGGGGUCUAGAGAAGUUGGGGAGCUCAUUCUGGCCGUACAGCCAGGUGUCUGACCUCAGACUGAGAGGACUCACUGCGUGCACCCUGACAUUCACUGAAGAUAGGACCCGUGUUUUGCAUUAGAUUAGGGUCUCCAACUCGAAUGUUGUGUUUAAUAAUCUUAGCAAGCCAAGCUUUUCCAACCAGAAAAAGCAGCUGAAGAUGGGUAUGUAAUGGUAGCUUUAUAAGGUGUUACCUACUUCCUUGUCCAACCUGUGUCUUAUCUUAGGGUUGAUUUUCCUUUUCAAAUCAUUAAUAAAGACUGAUAAAACAUG